CCUUAGGCAAAAGAUCUUGAGAAAAUUUCAAUUCAUUCAGUUGCCAAACCUUUUAAUCACCACACACGAGUGAAACGAUUUUUAAAUAAACAGAUUAUUAAGUUUUAAAAAAAUAUAUUUAGUUUUUUUUUGGUUUAUAACAGAAUAAAGUACAAAUGGCACUUUUGCCAAGCAGCUAUUAUCGCGAUCUUGCGCGUGAAUUCGAUCGUCCACGCUAUUAUCCACCAUACGAUUUUCAUUUGUAUCCCUACCUUUGGGAUGAUCCGCGUCUGUUGUGGCCCUCUAGUUCGCUGCUAAGACCAAUGGACGAAUUAGUAACGCGUCGUGUACGUAAUCAAUACAUUCAAAAUCAUCUACUUGACUGGUCGUAUCCUCUGGUCUGGGAUAAUUUCUACAAUGGUGAACGUGUUCGUAUCGAUGAAAAGGGCUUCCAAGUUAACAUCGAUGUGAGCCAAUUUAGGCCUCAUGAGAUUGAGGUAAAGACCAACGAUGAUUAUAUCAUUGUAGAGGGUAAGCAUGGCAGACGCACGGACAGUGGCAACAGUUAUGUGGAACGUCGUUUUCUACGCAAAUAUCUUUUGCCCAGAGGCUUUGAUCCCAACGAUGUUGUUUCGGAUUUAUCCACAAAUGGUUAUUUAACCAUAAAAGUUCCACCGCCACCACCGCCUAAAAAAACAUUUAAGUCUAUUGAACGCCAGGUGAAAGUCAAUGAAACGGGAAAAUAUGCUAUACCUUGGAAAUAAUUAAUCACUCGACAUGAAUAGAUGGAUAGCAGAGAGAGGCGUAACGAAAUGAUUAGAGAAUAUUCUAUUGGCAGGCAGCUUUAGUGAAAUCAGUGAACAAUGAAAAGUGCAAGUGGAUGUGUAUUAAAAAUUAAAUAAUUUAUAUACAUUUUCAUUAACCUUUGUGGCUUCUUUGGGGGUCACAUUCUGCGGCUCAUUAAUAUAAAAAUAAUAAAAUUCGUGAAA